AUGUCGCCACGAGAGACCAACGCCACUUCCACAAGGCGACGCUCCUCGUUGUCAUUUCGUCCCCGCCCCCGUACUGCCGGCCACGCCGUGCCGAUGUCAAAAGAGCUCACUUUGGACACAUGGGAGGAGCCAUACGUGAUGGAAAUAUGCCAGGAUGACCAUGCGCCAGUUGUGGAAGUGAUGGACCCGUUCCCAAACGGGGUCCCGCGGCGCCGUGGUGCCAAAAGUUUUUCGAGUUUGAAGCAUCCUGUGGAUGGUUUGGUCGCUCUCGGCCGCCGCCUGUCCGUCAGUCUUCGAAAUAAGCCUUCCAAGCAAACACUUCCUAUCACCGAGGACAUCAAAUUGGUUGCUGACGAUGAAGACUGUCACUUCCACGAUGUUUCGAACCAUGCAAACCAUAAGCGCAUGGCCUCCGGUAGCUGGGAUGCCCGGUCAACGAAAACAAAUUGGCACCAGGGCUACAGCGUCAACCGGCGCCCUUCUUUGAAUAGUGUGUCUGCCCUGCAUAGUUUCUAUGCCCCCACCGCCUCAAUCCAUGCCCCUAUUCCGGGCCGUGGGCGCCAGGCACCUCCAGUUCUACCAACUCACAUGUCUGCGGGUGCAGCGGCGCGUGCUGCAGCCGCAGCGCAGAAUGAGGAAAGGGAGGCUGCGCGGGUGGCGAAAGCGGAACUGGAUAACAAGAGACAGAUGCUCGAUAUGAGGGUUCCACAAGACUCGGAGAGCGGUAUUUGUAUUGACCUGCGCGAUCAAUCGGAUGUGUCAGAUGCCGAUUUGCUGAGCGUCAUGCGACUUGGUAAGGAUGAAUCCCUUGAUAGGCAGCGCGCGUGUUUUACUAACUUUGGGGGUUUUGUUUCUCCAGAUCCUAUACCUCUGCUUCCGGCUGAGAUUACAUCCCAAAUUUUUUCAUAUUUAGACCCUGAUUCCCUCAUGGACGCGGAGCUCGUGUCUCGCACUUGGUAUCGUGCGUCCUCUCCUCAUGUUUGGAGACAGGUAUUCCGCAAUGCACAUGGCCGACGGCCAGCAAGUGCGACGGCCUCUAAGGUGAAGAUGUCAUCUGGCUUGGGAAAAUCAAUCCCCAACCAGGAUUGGAAGAAGAAGUUUCUUGUUCGGCGCGCCCUCGAUCAGCGCUGGGCUGAUGGUAAGGCUGCAGCCAUUUAUCUUCAAGGUCACGAGGACAGCGUCUAUUGCUCUCAAUUUGAUGAGGAUAAAAUCAUCACUGGUUCCCGUGAUCGGACGGUUCGUGUGUGGGACGCACACUAUCCAUGGUCAUGCAAGAAAAUUAUUGGGCCACCCGCAGCUCGUACUUUCCGCCGUGGUCCAGUGAACAGUCCAACUGCUCAGGCUACAGGGAGCUCCCCCUUUCUGACUAUUACCCCGCCAUGGCCCACCCUGGAUGAGACAACGGAAAUUACCGCUCCAUUGGAAGAAGAAUCGAUAUACCACAGUGCGUCAAUCCUGUGCCUCCAGUUUGAUGAGGAGAUCAUGGUCACGGGGUCUUCAGACUUUACCUGUAUCGUGUAUGAUGUCAAGGAUGACUACCGACCGAUUCGUCGCCUUUCCGGUCACCACGCCGGUGUGCUUGAUGUGUGUUUUGAUGACCGAUACAUCGUCUCAUGCUCUAAGGAUACCACCAUUUGUGUGUGGGACCGAAACACCGGUGCUCUUUUAAGGCAGCUUAACGGUCACGAAGGGCCAGUAAAUGCUGUGCAGCUACGUGGUGACCUUAUAGUGUCAGCCAGCGGCGACGGUGUUGCCAAAAUGUGGAAUGUGAUCUCAGGUCAAUGUGUCAAGGAGUUCACCAGCAAGGACCGUGGCCUCGCAUGUGUCGAAUUCAGUGACGAUGGCCGGACCAUCCUCACUGGCGGCAACGACCGCAUAAUCUAUCAAUUCGAUGCCAACACGGGCGAGCUCGUCAACGAGCUCCACGGACAUACGGGCCUCAUUCGAUCUCUGCAUCUCGACAGCGCAAACAAGCGUAUCAUCAGCGGUAGCUAUGACAUGAGUGUCAAGGUCUUUGACCGUGACACGGGUAACAUGUCCAUCAAUUUCCCUGGCUGGACCACAAGCUGGAUGUUGAGCGUACAGUCCGAUUAUCGACGCAUUGUUGCAACGAGCCAGGACUCCCGGGCUGUCAUUAUAGACUUUGGAUAUGGUUUAGACGGGAUUGACCUGUUGGAAGAGUGA